AUUUCUCACUAAUCUAUUUGACGGUCUCUAACCUCGGAGGUCUGGAAGGAUGUGAAAGUUCCCUGUUCUCUGACUGAACAACAAGCCCAAGCCUCUGUUUUUUCCUCUGCUCAGAAGUGUGUGAAGUCAGCCGUCUGUCUGGCACAGAAGUGUAUUGAUGUGCUUCCAGGUGUUUGUGGUAACUCCCAAUGUCUGGACUGCAGGACCCUCCCUACACCCUGUGAGAUCAUCCCUCUUUUAAUUAGAUCGGAUCCGCCAAUUACCGUCUUUCUUUCUCUCUUGCCGGCUGUAUAAAAGGAGUCCGGGUCACAGAUUCUGCAGACAGGAGCUCAGGAAAGAUUUACCGCAAAAUGUCGUCCAAAAUGCUUUGGUUGGUCACUUUGCUGGCUUGUGCUUUGAAGUUCAGCUCCGCUCAGAAGAGCUGCAGAGGACGAUGCGGUGCCGAGUACAACCGGGGCCACAUGUGCCAAUGUGACUAUAACUGCCUGUCCUUUGAUGAGUGCUGCAGAGAUUUUGAAUCUCAGUGCACCACAAAAAACUCCUGCAAAGGCCGCUGUGGAGAAACCUUCAGGAGAGGUCGGCUGUGCACCUGCGACUCUGACUGCUCGAGGUUCAACCAGUGUUGUCCAGAUUACAAUGCCCACUGUGAUGCGGAUGAAUCAACUCUGACGGAGGACCUUUCACUCGGUGAAGGAAACAAUGCAGACGACAACUCAUUUACUCCAGACAGUUUAACGCCGUACCAGCCGAACGAUCUCAGCGAUGAUCUGUAUGCCGAGAUCUUUCCGGGUCCUGACUCUUCCACCGACGGAGUUGGGGAUCCGCAGGCGUCUCCGGGCCCAGAGAUCAGCAGCGGCGAUGCGCCAACUCCAGCCGACGCCCUGGAUAUAAACUCAACAGAACCGAGUCUGGUGGGAGGCGAUCAGGACUUUGGCACAGAGAGACCUCUCUCUCUCACGGACGCGACUCCUACGGACGCCAUUCUUGUGUCGACCACUGCGAGCACAGAUCCUCAAGAUCCGACAACAGACCCGGAUCAAGCAAUGAUUCCCUACGAAGCCACAGCUGCACCAGACGCCGUUAUCAUUGAGCCUUCUACGUCCUCAGCACCACAAAAUGAAUCUACGGCUUCCCCCGGUGUUACAGAGACGGAGGAGGAGGCUUUCCCUCCAGACAAGCCAGAAGUCACAUCCAACGACACACAGGACUUGAUCGGAGAGCUGGAAAACUCUCCGCUCACCACAACUUCUGCCUCAUCAACGCUGGCUUCAGCAAUACCCUCAGAGGAAACUACUUCGAGCCCAACCAUAGAGAGCAGCCCGGGAAAUGUCACAACAAGCUCUCCCGAUUUACCGCAAGACAUUAAAGAUCCGCUCUCCCCUCUCAUCUCAGCUGGAGAUUCCUCAUCCACAGCUACAACCCCAAACAAGACCACUGACGAUGUCGAACCAGAUGCAACGGCUGCUGGUCUCCUCACAUCUGAACCCGACCUGUCCACAGCGUCCCCCACCUCUAACACCCGAACCCAACCCUGAACCCAGCCGGACCCAUCUGCUGUGUCACCCAUCUCUGAACCUGAACCCAGCCCUGACCCAUCUGCAGCGUCCAUCGUCUCUACACCCCAACCCAAACCAGACCCCAACCCUGACCCGUCUGCAGCGCCACCCACCUCUAAACCCAAACCCAAACCUGAUACCAAACCUCGGCAGCCACAAACCCAGACCCUAGACAACCUGAGAGAUUACCAAGGAGAUGACAGCGACGACACAAACCUGUGCAGUGGGCAGCCCAUCAGUGGACUCACCACACUGAGGAACGGCACAAUGGUGGUUUUCAGAGGUCAUUACUUCUGGUUCCUGGAUAGAAAUCUGGUGCCGAGCGCACCCAAAGGAAUCACAGAGGUGUGGGGUGUGCCCUCACCUAUUGACACUGUGUUUACUCGCUGCAACUGCCAGGGAAAAACGUACAUUUUCAAGGGAGGCAGAUACUGGCGGUUCGAAAAUGAUGCUCUGGACCAGGGCUAUCCCAAAAUCAUUAAAACAGGCUUCGAUGGGCUGCAGGGCCACAUCACCGCUGCACUGUCGGUUCCUCAGUACCUCAGAAGGAAAGAGACGGUCUACUUCUUCAAGAGAGGGGGAAUGGUUCAGAAAUAUUCAUACCAGUUUGGCACCAGUCCGACAUGUGGAAACACAGCUAAACAUCCUUUGUAUACCGUUCGUGCUCGAAUGGUCCGACAAGCAGUUUCUGUUUUGGAACCAGCAAUUAAAAUCCAGAAAUCCUGGAGAGGCUUCCCCGCCACCAUCACAGCAGCUGUGUCCUUGCCAACCAUCCGAGAUCCCGAGGGGUACAAAUACAUCGUCUUCUCCAGAUCGUCGGCCUACAACGUGAGGAUGCAAGGCGAGCGCCCCGUCGUCGCAGCUCCGAGACCGAACGUGUCGCCGAAAACCGACAACUUCUUCAGAUGCCCCCCGAAGAAAUCCUAACGAUUUUUUUUUUAAAUAAGGAACGUCUGCUUACUUUUACACAUUUUUAUUUUUUCAUCUUAAAAAGACACAACAUGAGCAUGGAUUAAAAACAAAAAAAAACAUGUCCAAACAAUCAAAAUGAGCAAAAUCUGGGCAGAAAAAUGUGAAGAAAUGCAGGAGUAAAUCUUUAUUGAACGCAGAUCUGAAAGCGGUUUCUGACAGGAAUGGUUGGGUCUCCUCUGAUUAGUGCUUCAUCUAAAGAAUCGUCUCGCAGGAAAGCCGCGGGAAGGCAUGGCUUGACCUGUGGAAGACAAAAUAUGUUUCAGAUAUGUCUUCACCCCAUAUUUACUAAGUAUUAAUCAAUGUUAUAACUAUGAUAUCAUUUCCUGACAGCUUGUGUCAUUUUUGGGCUGAAUUUUAUGAAAUACAAAAAGAGUUUUGUGCAUAAAGAACAUGAGUGAAUUUUACUUAACUGUCCUAAGAAAACGGGGAUUUUUUAAAAAAAUAUAAUAAAAACAUUCAAUGUUGUAAAAA